CAUUUUACGUUUUGUUGUGAAAAUGGAACUUAUAAAAUAAUCAACAGAAUGAUAUGCAUAGCAGUGUGUUCUACUUCACAGUUCAGAAACCAGUGAUUAGUACCAGUCAUAAUGAGGAGGAUUUCAUCAUCACCUGUUUGAUUCCUGGACUUGCUGGUAACGACACCACCUGUAACCUGUAUAUUGGAGAGAAGAAUAAGCCAUUCUUGAAAACGCGGAUAUGGAAAAAGAAAACCCGAAAAGCCAAACGAUGGUACUGUACAUUCUCUGUGACCGAAGACGAUCUGAUCAGACAUCUACAGUCAGUGAGGAGUAAGGAGGUGAGCUGUGACUACAGAGUGAGCUCAGGACCAAACUCUCUCUCUCCACGUAGUGAUGGGUACAGCUUUACAGAUCUGGUGGAAGUUCACAUUAGUGAUCCAACAACUAUUACUGCAGGAUUGACCUCUCCUUUGACCCCCAGCACAGCAGUGAAUCCUACGUCAGGUUGGACUGUUCUUUCUACUUUGACCACGGACACCGCAAAUAUUUCAACUGAAGGAGGUCAAAGCUACACAGAAAGUGAGGUUUUUUCAAACAGUCAAGAAAGCGUUACAGCAUGUUCAACUGUUGCUUCUACUUUGACCCUUGACAUCACAGUGAGACCAACUACCAGUUUGACCUCUCCUUUGACCCCCAGCACAGCAGUGACUCCUACAUCAGGUUCGACUGUUCGUUCAACUUUGACUACUGACACCACACUGAGUCCAACGGAAGCGGGGCAGGUUUGGCAGGCAGCAGUGGCUGUGGUUUCUGGAGUGGGUGUGUUCCUGGUGGGAUUGACUGCUUUCUGUCUCUGCAGGAGCACCAGUAAGUACUUCUGA